AUGGAACACCGACUCAAAGUUAAUCCGCAGGAUACUGUAAGUUUACUUUUUGACAUAGGAAGUCUUGCAGGUGGUCUUCCCAAAUGUUGAUGGCAGUCAAGCCGACUUGGAGAUUCAGAAUGAAUGGGAAAAACCCGUCAUGUUCAAGAUGAAGAGCACCCGGCCUGGUAUUCUCAAGAUGCGUCCCGUCUUUGGAAUUCUCAAGCCCCAUGGAAACGUAAGUAAUCAUCAAGCAAUAUCAGUAUGUUUCAGGUUUCCAUACGCCUUUCAAUCAAGUGCCGUGAUCCGUCCGAACUCAAUUUUAACGAAAAGGACCGCUUUACUGUGGUCUUGGCUCCCAUUCCCAAAAAGUUGACCAGUGUGUCGAAUGCGUUCAAGGACAAUCAAUGCAUUGAAGUGAGACACCAGGCGGUCAGGAAGGUUCUAAAGAUCAAACUGAUCGACGAAAAGAAGAAAUUGCACAAAGAUGAUGACAAGAAGGACAAGACAGAUAAAAAGAGCAAAGAGGAGAUCAAGGAAGACAAGAAGGAAGAGAAGAAGGAGGAAAAGGUUUGUUUAGGGGUCCUCCAUUACUUUUGAAAACUUGUAGAAGUCGAAGCACUCUCGUCGUUCGAUUAAGAAUCCGACACCUGAUGUCAACGCAGUUCGUGAGUCCGAAGAUGAGGAUGAAGAAGACUCGGAACCCAAAUCAACGUGUUCCACUUGCUCUUGCAACUCUGAUUGUGGCAAGAGCCAUGCUAAAACUCCGAAGAAUUAA